AUAAAAUGGACGCAAAAUCCCAGUUUAGUAGCCAAGCUAAAAAGCAUGACGCAUGUGGAGUGACACCUCCAAAGACUGAUAUCUUCCUUUAUUCCUCGAAGGACAGUAGCAGAUGUGACCAAGUGAAGUCACAGCCAAGUCUGGUCGGUCAAGAUAACUUAUACUGGAAGGUGAAUGCUAAGAGUUCAUUUAAGACCAAGCCCUCGCUCUCAAAUUAUCGUUUCUUCACUAAAUAUCAUACAAAAACACCUAAAAAGCAGAUGUCAGCUCUCAACAGCACUCAGAAUGACACUAACCAGUCUAAUGUGGAGAAUACUUCUCAACCAGCUAUUGUUGGUGACCGCUUGGUGAAAAUAGUCAGCAUAACUCUGGCAAAGGCAAGGUCAAACUCAUCCAGAAAGAUCUCUGUUUCCCCUCACUGCUCCAAACGAUAUGAGCCAAAGGAGUCGAGUAUGGCUCCUGUUGCUAACACAGAGGCUUCAAAGACCUUAAGUAUCGAUUCAGAGUCUUAUGGCAUGCCACAGACUACUCAGGCUAGAUUUCAGAGGAAGAUAACAUUCGGUGAAUCCGCCUGCUUCUGAAAAGAUGGCUCUAAUACCAUUAUUAACAUGAAUAUUGAUGAAGGGAUCACUUCAGGUCAAGAUAACAGGACAAUUCAUAAUGACCCUUCAAGAAAUUUCAGAGUCAAAACAAAGAGGAAGCUAGAUAUUUUGUGUUCAAAGAUUGAUCAAGGAGGCUUCAAUGCAAAUUCAGAACUAGAUCAGCCCACUGGAAUUUUGCCAAUGAUGCAUUUGACUCAUACUCAGACUAAGAAAACAAUGGAGAAUGAAGGGGACUGGCCAUAUUUUGAAGACGAUAUGGACUCUUCACUUGAUGAGAGUUUCGAUGAGAGCUUCUUCAAAAACAUUCCAGCACUCGGAUUUAGUGACAAGCGGGAAGAAGCAGCCAGAUUUGAGAUUGAUAUGACUGAUGCCAAUCAGAUUGACAACUCUAUGGUGUCUGUAUUAGAGACUCUUCAAGGCAUCUAAUCCUUCUUGUAUGAAUUUUACGAAUUAUAUAAUUAUGCUCUAAGUAUGCAUAACCA